GUGGAGAGAGUGAGUCCCAGAGGGUGUUGCCAGCGAGCUCCUCCUCCUUCCCCUCCCCACUCUCCCCGAGUCUAGGGCCCCCAGGGGCGUAUGACGCCGGAGCCGUCUGACCGCACCUCUGACCACAACAAACCCCUACUCCACCCGUCUUGUUUGUCCCACCCUUGGUGACGCAGAGCCCCAGCCCAGACCCCGCCCAAAGCACUCAUUUAACUGGUAUUGCGGAGCCACGUGGCUUCUGCUUACUGCAACUCGCUCCGGCCGCUGGGCGUAGCUGCGACUCCGCGGAGUCCCGGCGGCGCGUCCUUGUUCUGACCCGGCGCGCCAUGACCGUCGCGCGGCCGAGCGUGCCCGCGGCGCUGCCCCUCCUCGGGGAGCUGCCCCGGCUGCUGCUGCUGGUGCUGUUGUGCCUGCCGGCCGUGUGGGGUGACUGUGGCCUUCCCCCAGAAGUACCUAAUGCCCAGCCAGCUUUGGAAGGCCGUACAAGUUUUCCCGAGGAUACCGUAAUAACGUACAAAUGUGAAGAAGGCUUUGUGAAAAUUCCUGGCGAGAAGGACUCAGUGAUCUGCCUUAAGGGCAGUCAAUGGUCAGAUAUUGAAGAGUUCUGCAAUCGUAGCUGCGAGGUGCCAACCAGGCUAAAUUCUGCAUCCCUCAAACAGCCUUAUAUCACUCAGAAUUAUUUUCCAGUCGGUACUAUUGUGGAAUAUGAGUGCCGUCCAGGUUACAUGAGAGAACCUUCUCUAUCAACAAAACUAACUUGCCUUCAGAAUUUAAAAUGGUCCACAGCAGUCGAAUUUUGUAAAAAGAAAUCAUGCCCUAAUCCGGGAGAAAUACGAAAUGGUCAGAUUGAUGUACCAAGUGGCAUAUUAUUUGGUGCAACCAUCUCCUUCUCAUGUAACACAGGGUACAAAUUAUUUGGCUCGACUUCUAGUUUUUGUCUUAUUUCAGGCAGCUCUGUCCAGUGGAGUGACCCGUUGCCAGAGUGCAGAGAAAUUUAUUGUCCAGCACCACCACAAAUUGACAAUGGAAUAAUUCAAGGGGAACGUGACCAUUAUGGAUAUAGACAGUCUAUAACGUAUGCAUGUAAUAAAGGAUUCACCAUGAUUGGAGAGCACUCUAUUUAUUGUACUGUGAAUAACGAUGAAGGAGAGUGGAGUGGCCCACCACCUGAAUGCAGAGGAAAAUCUCUAACUUCCAAGGUCCCACCAACAGUUCAGAAACCUACCACAGUAAAUGUUCCAACUACAGAAGUCUCACCAACUUCUCAGAAAACCACCACAAAAACCACCACACCAAAUGCUCAAGCAACACGGAGUACACCUGUUUCCAGGACAACCAAGCAUUUUCAUGAAACAACCCCAAAUAAAGGAAAUGGAACCACUUCAGGUACUACCCGUCUUCUAUCUGGUUCUCGUCCUGUCACCCAGGCUGGUAUGCGGUGGUGUGAUCGUAGCUCACUGCAGUCUCGAACUCCUGGGUUCAAGCGAUCCUUCCACUUCAGCCUCCCAAGUAGCUGGUACUACAGAUGGAGUCUCACUCUGUCGUCCAGGCUGGAGUGCAGUGGUGCAACCCCCAUCUCGGCUCACUGCAACCCCCAUCUCCCAGGCUCAAGCAAGUCUUCUGCCUCAUCCUCCCAAGUAGCUGGGAUUACAGGCAUGUGCCACCAUGCCCAGAGUCUUACUCUGUCACCCAGGCAGGAGUGUGGUGGUGUGAUCUUCGCUCACUGCAACCUCUGCCUCCUGAGUUCAAGCAAUUCUCCUGCCUCAGCCUUCGGAGUAGCUGGGAUUACAGGCAAGCACCACUACGCCUGGCUAAUUUUUGUAUUCAGAUCCAGAUUUCUAAAUGUCUUUCUCCAGUUAAAAAAAAAAAAUAGGGCUCCUGGGAGAAAUGGCUGAUCUCUGGGCUAGGGUAGGGAAAGUAAAAGAUGAACCUGGAAUAUCUUGUGGUAUCACAAAUUAAGUGUUCUGAAAAUAAGUGCUGAAAAAAUUAUAGUGACAUGUCAAAUGGAUUCAGAAGCCAACAUGAACAAGCUCCCACUGACCAAAUCUGAAACAAUUACAGCAAAUAAAUAAAUAAAUAACGAUGGCAAUGGAUCAUAGCACAUAGAAUAAAAUAAGAAUUUGAGCCCAUACUGAUAUAAUUGAAUAAUAAAGAGAAGAAAGACACCUUUAUAGCAAGAUUCCAAUUACCUACAUGUAGUAAAAAUGAUGCAAUUAGAAAGUCAGCAUUUGGCAACCAUCACAGUAAUAAUUAUUUCAGGCAAGAAUCAAUGAAUGCUAAAUCAGUAAAAGUCUGAUGAGAAAUAAUUAUAUAGUCUUCAAUUUUUUCUCCACAAAAUACUUAAUUGCAAAUAAUAACUUUGCAGAAGAAAAACCUGACAGACACUAUUUUAGCCAAGUGAUCAAAACUAACAUCACUGAUAUUGGGACAAAUAACACCUAGUUCCUCCUGAUAAGAUACAUUGAAAAGAACUCUGUCAUUUCUGUGGUAUUGUUGCCAAAAAUCAUAAUCUGAAUCAAAAUAUGAGGAAGUAUCAGAAAAAAGACAACUUGACCGUCAUCCUACAAAAUACCUCUUCCAGAGUGGAAAGGUAGUGAAAAUCAAGUAGAAGAAGGGAAAUAAAAAUUAAUUUAAAAAAUUAAGAAAUGAAAUAAUAAAGAUAAGUGUAAAAAUUAAAAUAGAAAACAAAAAUAAUAGUGAAAAUGAAAUCAAAAGCUGGGUCUUUAAAAAAAUAAAAUUGAUAAACUUCUAUUUAGAUGGGUAAAGAAUAAAGAGAUAAGACAGAAAUUGCCACCCAUGAACUUUUAGUAAUGCAACAGAAUACAUCACUCACUGCAGAGCAUAAUCAUUGGAAGAAAAAUAUGAGAAUAUGGCAGGCAACUUUAUGCCAAUAAAGUCAAUAAACUGGGGAUCACGAUUAUGAUCAACAUACACUUUUGAAAGGGCCAUGGAGGAAAAUGAACCAGGAAGAUCCUUCCUGGGGCAGAGCUACCACUGAAUGAAAUGAACAAUUCAUUGAAAAACACAAAUUACCAAAACUAACCCAAUAAGCAAUAUAAAACUUGAAUUGCCCUAUUAAUUCAAGAAAUUGCAUUUUUAAUUAAAAAUCUUUCCAAAAAGAAAAAUUCAUGCCUAAAUGGCUUCACUUGUAAACUCUAGCAUUUAAGGAAGAAAUAAAACCAAUUGUACACAAACUCUUUGAGAAAAUAGAAAAUACUUCCAAACUCAUUUCAUGAGGCCAAAUAUAUAAAAAAACUACAGACAAAUAUCCCUCAUGAAUAUAGACACAAAUAUACUUAACAAAAUUUUAACAAAACAAAUUAGUGUAUGUAAAAGAAUACUUAUUAUACAUCAUGAUGGAAUGAGGUUUAUCUGGGGAGUGAAAGGUUGGUUUGACAUCCAAAAAUUAAUCAAUGUAAUUCACCAUAUUAGAAUAAAGAAGAAAAUAUAAUCAUUUCAAUAAAUGCAGGAAAAGCUUUUUGUAAAGUUCAACACUAAUUUGUGAUUUUAAAAAAUCUAUCAGCAAACUAAGAAUAAAAGAAACAUUUCUCUUAAUCUAAUUAAGGGUAUCUUCAAAAACCUACAUCUUUCACUGUACUCAAUAUUGAAAGCCUCAAUGCUUUCUACCUAAGAUAAGGAACAAGGCAGGGAUAUCUAUUCUGCCAUUUCUGUUCAACAUUAUACUGGAAGUUUUAGCCAGUGCAGUAAGGCAAGAAAAAGAAAUGACAGUCAAUAAAUUGGAAAGGGAGAAGUAAAGUCGUUUUUAUUGGUAGAUGACAUGACCAAGUAUUAAUACAUAGAAAGCUUAAAGAGUCUACUAGAACUAAUAAGUGAAUUUAUUGAGGUCAGAAUACAAUGUUAAUGCACAAAAAUUAUAAUUUUAUGUAUUAGCAAUGAACAAUUAGAAAAUGAAUUUCAAAAACAACUUCAUUUCCAACAGCACCCAAAAACAUGUUAGAGAUAAAUUUUACAAAACAUGGAAGAUAGUUUCUUGUCCUGUGCAGAAGCGCUUUAGUUUAAUUAGAUCCCAUUUUUCAUAAAAAAAAGAAUGAGAUCAUGUCCUUUGCAGGGACAUGAAUGAAGCUGGAAGCCAACAUUCUCAGCAAACUAACACAGGAACGGAAAACCAACCACCACAUGUUUUCACUCAUAAGUGGGAGUUCAACAAUGAGAACAGAUGGACACAGGGAGGGGAACAUCACACACCAGGGCCUGUCAGGGAGUGGGGGGCAAGGAGAAGGAGAGCAUUAGGACAAAUACCUAAUACAUGCGGGGCUUAAAACCUAGAUGACAGGUUGAUGGCUGCAGCAAACCACCAUGGCACAUAUAUGCCUAUGUAACAAACCUGCAUGUUCUGCACAUGUAUCCCAGAACUUAAAGUAACAUUUUUUAAAAAUGGAAGAAUUCUAUUUAAAAAAAAAAAACUAUAAAUUUUGCUGAGACAAAUUACAGACUUAAGUAAAUGUUAUUAACAUCAUUUUCAUGGGUUGGAACACUCAAUAUUGUUAAGAUAGCAAUUCUCCACACAUCAAUUUAUAACUCCAAUAGACAUUUUUAAAAAGUGAUUCUAAAUUUAUAUUAAAAUGAAUUGCCUCUCUUAAACCUCCCUUAUAAUUUUUUUAAAAGAUUUCAGAAAACUAAAAACUAUAUUGCACAGACUCCAUUGAAGCUAGGAGUCUAGGAGAAAAUUUGAUGUACAACGUAACAAGCAGUUAUGUGAUAUUUAUUUGGAGGUCAGAAUUAAGGUAUAGGUCAACUUCCUACUGCUGCUUCUAUUUCCAGCAAGAUAAGAUCAGCCACAGGUGAUUGUUUGUGGUGAUCUUUUUCUACUUUCAUUUAUCUAGUCAUCAACUUUAUGGGAAUAAAAAUCUGAGGUAGUGUGUCUGGAAUUGCUGGGUUCUUGGUCUCGCUGACUUCAAGAAUGAAGCUGCAGACCUUCACAGUGAGUGUUACAGCUCUUAAAGGCGGUGCGUCUGGAGUUGUUUGUUCCCUUCAGUGGGUUCGUGGUCUCGCUGGCCUCAGGAAUGAAGCUGCAGACCUUCGUGGUGAGUGUUACAGCUCAUAAAGGCGGUGCGGACCCAAAGGGUGAACAGCAGCAAGAUUUAUUGCGAAGAGCAAAAGAACAAAGCUACCACACACUGGAAGGGGACCCAAGUGGGUUGCCGCUGCUGGCUCAGGCAGCCUGCUUUUAUUCCCUUAUCUGGCCCCACCCACAUCCUGGCGAUUGGUCCAUUGUACAGAGAGAUGAUUGCUCCAUUUUACAGAGAGCUGAUUGGCCCAUUUUACGGAGAACUGAUUGUUCUGUUUUGACAGGGUGCUGAUUGGUGCGUUUAGAAACCUGGAGCUAGACACAGAGUACUGAUUGGUGCAUUUACAAUCCUUUAGCUAGACACAAAAGUUCUCCAAGUCCCCACUAGAAUAGGUAGACACAGAGCACUGAUUGGUGUCUUUACAAACCUUGAGCUAGACACAGAAUGCUGAUUGGUGCAUUUACAAACCUUUAGCUAGACAUUAAAAUUCUCCAAGUCCCCACCUGACUCAGGAGACCAGCCGGCUUCUCCUAGUGGAUCCUGCCCUGGGCGGAGCUGCCCGCCAGUCCCACGCGGCGGCGUGGGCACUCAGCCCUUGGGCAGUCCAUGGGACCGGGCGCGGCAGAGCAGGGGGCGGCACCCAUCAGGGAGGCUCAGGCCACGCAGGAGCCCACCGGUAGGGGUGCUCGGGCAUGGCGGGCUGCAGGUCCCGAGCCCUUCCCUGCAGGGAGGUGGCUGAGGCCUGGGAGAAUUUGAGCGCGGCACGGGUGGGCCGGCAGUGCUGAGGGACCUGGCGUACCCUCCACAGCUGCUGGCCCGGGUGCUAAGCCCCUCACUGCCUGGGGCUGGCAGCACCAGCCGGCUGCUCUGAGUGUGGGGCCCGCUGUGCCUUACCCACCCAGAACUCGCGCUGGUCUGCGAGCGCGGCAUGCAGCUCCUGUUCCUGCUUGCGCCUCUCCCUCCACACCUCCCGGCAAGCAGAGGGAGCCGGCUCCGGCCCCGGCCAGCCCAGAGAGGGACUCCCACAGUGCAGCGGCGGGCUGAAGGGCUCCUCAAGCAUGGCCAGAGUGGACACGGAGGCCGAGGAGGCGCCGAGAGUGAACGAGGGCUGCUAGCACGUUGUCACCUCUCAGUAGGAGAGCGAUUGUAGCAGCAGCAGAUUCCUGAACUCCGUGAUUUCAAUGGUGUGAUCCUGAAGUCAGUUGUUCAGAGGCAGUUCUCUAACAUUUCCAGCUUUCUUUCAAAGAAACUAAGGGGGAUUUUUGUUUUCUUCACUGAAAUGUGGCUAAUCCAAUAUUCCACAACUCUUAACUAUUUUUAUUUCAGUUUCCUUCCCCUUAGCUAAUCAAUUAAGUUAAUCCACUAAGUUCAUCAGUGCCUUCCAGUCCACUGAUUCUCUCUCAACAUUCACUUUUGAAAGGGCCGUGGAGGAAAAUGAACCAGGAAGAUCCUCCCUAGGGCAGAGCUACCACACUAGAGGCACACAGUAUUGAGUAUAAUGAGACUUACAGAGAAGAAUAUAGCAAUCUGGGGAAGCAGACCACACUUACUGAAAGUAGCACUGCAGAAGUAGUGUUUAUUAAUUUAGAUUGUAAUUUGAAAUUGCCACAUUAUUCAUUUCUAAGAUUUCAAAUUGCUUUAUAUCUGACAGUUUGUACUUCAGACCUGCCUAUUUUUGUUUUACAGGUCCUAUUUAGUUACUAAUGGAUAUUUAUCCUUUAUUUCUCAGAUUUGUUUUGAUAUGUUUAUCACAUUUUUCUAUUAAGAGAAAUUCCACUUAGAGUCAGUUCCUUUCCAAAGUUGAUUUUGUUGGCUCUCUCUCAUGGCAUUGCAUUUCUUCACAUUUUACAGUUGUGAUUUGCAAGUUUUUUAAGUAGACUUUUUAGUUUGUUUCAUUCUUUGGUAGAUUGUAUUAAUGUUUCUAAUUCUUUACUCCUUCCCUUUUACAGAAUUAUAACUGGACAUCUUUUGCCAGGUGACUUUUCAGUGCCUUCCACUAUAGUAGAUGGAAUAUACUUCCCCACUCCAUUGAGCCCAUUUUUUGUUGGCUAACCUAUAGUUUUAAGAUUGUAAUUUUUUUAAAUCUAGUUACCUUGAUUGCUUUUUAGAGAGCUAUUAGUCCCAAUAACUUAGACCACCAUUAUUUAAAAAUGGAAUUCCUAACCACAAUGUAUGCACCUCAUCAUAGGAAGGAACACAAAUGGGGGAGUAGAAGAAAACAGAAAUGUAUUAAUAGGCGACAGUGAGUACUUCAGCUUUAUGUGUAAUGUUUUAUUUCUUGUAUUACAAAGUAAAAGAUAUGAAGCAUUUGACUAAAAAUGUUAAUUUAUAUAAUUUGAAUGAUGGGUACAUGGGCAGUUGUUAUAUUUAUAUAUACUUUUACGUAUUCUAAAUUUUUUUCUCAAAAAAGAGAAACAGUCAAGCGUUAGUAUUGUGUCAUCAAACUCAUUACAGACCUCAAUUCAUUUUGUUUUAUUUCUGAACAACAUAAUUUGAGGAAGUACAGCAUACUUUAAGGAAAUCGGUAGAAGGGCAAAGUAAAAACAUUUGAAAAAGUCUCAUUACCUGAAAAAGGCAGAGAAAAAAAGAACAAAAGGAAGAAGUGUUCUAGAGGUCUCAUCUAGUUUGUAUAGGGAAGAAAGUUGAGGUAAUACAGCUGUGUGGGAAAAGGGAUAGAUUCAUAUAUACUUGUUCUUGAGAGCAGACAUGUUGUUAACAAUGAAUGAAAUGGAAACACAGCUAAUCUUUGAAAGAAUGAGAUGAACCUGAAAAAAAAAAAAACCACAAAAAUAAGAAAAAAAGGAAAUAAUGAUUUAAAAUAGAUAAUGAAGAAACUAAGAUACAGACAUUAAAUAAAAUGUAAAUGGAUUAUUUUCUUUCACUAAAGCUUAAAGACGUAGUUUGGAUUAGAAAACAAAAGCUGUGUAUGAGGGACAUGGUGAAAUAGUAAAGAAGGGUGGAAAAUAAAAGGUAAGCAAAGAUAAAAUGUAAGGUCAGACCAAUUAUAAAAGGCAAAGAUUUAUGAAAAAGGUAACUAACAUUCAUAAAUAUGUAUAUAUCAAACUACAUGCAACUAGCUAAAUACAUAAAGCAAAAUCAUUAGGAAUUUGAUAAGCCUAAUAAAAUAUAAUUAUGACUGAAGACUUCAAUACAUCUCUGCCAAAAUCAAACAGAUUUUGUAGAGAGAAAGAAACCCAGGACAGGGAAAAACAACCUUAUAUUAUCUAGAGACAAUAUGUUGGCUUUCCUCUACACUAAGACACUUUGAUACUGGUGCUUUCUUGAUUUCUUGAUCUUACCAGAACAUGUCAAGUGAAGGUUAUACACAACUACAAUGCCACUCCUAUGGGCUGACAGCUGUAAAGAGAUGCAUCCCAAUUCUAGAGAUGUUAACAUGUGAGAAAAAUGUUUCUUAGAAUCAAAGAUAUGAGGGGUUUUUCCAUAUAUCAAUGAAACAUUUGCUCAAAAACGUCAUAUACUUGGCCAUAAAGUAUAUUCACUUUUUUAAAAGGCCGUGUUGAUAAAUAUGAAAAAGAAAGAAGGUGAUCAACAAAAUCUUCACCACUUGAAAAUUAAGAUGCUCCUAGAUCACCCUUAUAUCAAAGAUAAAAUUUAAAAAAUUAAAAACUAUUUAGGAAAGAGUGAAAAGAAGAACAAUUCACACUAAGUUAUUUGGAACACAGAGAACUUUUCAGUGGAACUUGCAAGCUUUAAAUGCCUUCAUUAUUAAGGAAAACAUUAAAAAUAAAGGAAUUUGAACUCAUCUGUGGAAACUAAAGAGCAACAAACUAAAUAAAAAGUUUUAACAUAUUAGUCAAGAUACAUAUAUAAACAUAGAAUAUCAAAUAAAACCUGACACCUCAAUCUAAGGUCUGUAAAAAACUUUAAAACAAAGAUUGGAAUAGUAAGAGUUAAAGAAAUAUAGACAUUUUUGACAAUGCAAAAAAUGUAAAUAAUGGAUAGAAAGAGUGGAAAUAAAUUGCUAAAACACAAAAGAGAGAUUAAUGGUUUGUGUCUAUAAUAGACAAAAAGCUCUUACAUUGAUAGGUAAAUGACAUAAAACCCAAUACAACAUGGACAGGUAUACUGAUAGGAAAUUUUUAGCAAGGUAAAUCAGAUUGAUCAAGAACAUAUGAAAAGAUGUUGACAUUCACUAGGAGUCAGAGUAAAGAAAAUCAAAAAAAUUUUUUGGAGGUGUGAAGCAUUAGAAUGAACACAGAAUGAUGGCAUUUCAGGGCUAAGGCUGGAAAUGGCCCCUCUAAGUUGCCAUGGGAACUGAGUAAACCUGGUCUUAACCAUGUAUUGGAGAAGGAAUCUAUCCACAAACCAAGGAGGAGUGUGGGUGUGGGUUGGGACUGGGCAGACCAAAGGCCACUGGAGAGGAGGAGGCCUGGGGAUCACAAAACGCUUGAGGAUGGCACUGCGCCCUGGGUCUGUACAGUAUGGUUUGCAAUAAAACUCAAAAUCUUCCAGCCGAGAUAAGAAAAAAAAUAAUUACAAAUUACAUGAAUACCUACCUAGACAAUCCAAUUAAACUCUAACAACAUAUGUUGGAUUUAACAAUGGACCUAAUAUUAGGUAAAUAGUGACAAUAAUAAAUUGGAUAUGACAAUGCAAAAAUAAUCCUGUUUAUGAGUGAUAAUCAUCUUAAAAUAUCGAAGAAUGUAGGUACCCAGAAAGAUUCUUCAAAUAUGUGAAGGAACUAUUCACAUUUCUUUAAAAAUUGUAAGAACAGCUCUGAAAAUUUAAGGUAAGUCAUUUCCUUGUUGAAAAAUGUGAAAAUAACUAGUCAUCACAAAUUUAAAAAUAAAAUCAAUGCAAUUCCAAACAAAUUCCAAUGAAGUUUUUGUUGAAGUGAGCUGGACAAAAGAUAAUGAAGGUUUGUAUGUGUGAAAGAAAUAAUUCAAUUGUAUUAUUGAUUAUAUAAGGAAAAUUCAUUAUUUCUGAAAAAUUAUAAUUUACUUUAAUCAUUAGCUUUUUAAUCAUAAGUGUUACUACUAUAUGAACAAAAACAGGUGAGGUUAUUAUUCAUAAGUCCAAGAAAUGACGUUGAAUUUUGUUAGUUCUCAAAAAAAAGUAACUUUUAGGAAUGAAGUUCAUGCAGUGUUCUAAUUUAUAAAACAAACAUUAGUUUUCAGUCAGCCAUUGGCAUAUGAUAUGGUACCCAGAUAUUCUAAUUGUAGUAAUUUUUUAGUGCUACAUAAUUUGUAAUAUAGUCUAAGAUUGAUGAGAAGUAAUUUAGAAUGACACUGCUUAUGUAAAUUGUUAAUCAUUUUAGUUGAGCAUAUAUAUUAAAUUUACAUAAAUUCAAAUAGUAUCAUAGAUAAGUUAUCAAAUAUUUAUGUUUCAUUUAAUUUAGGCUUUUUUAAUGAAAAAAAAAAGUUUUGGCACAUACUAAAAUCAAGACCAGCUACAUAAUUUGUAGAGCCCAGUUCAAAAUGAAAAUACAGAAUCCCUUGUUCCUAAAUCAUUAAGAAUUUCAAGAUGGUGACCACAGGGCUCUAAACCAAGGGCCCUUGUGAGCAUGAGUCCCAGUGUGACUAUAAGAGUUGCAUGCCCAUGAAGCCAGCCCUGACUAACAUACCAUGCAUGCAUUUAUUUUUACACUGAAACAGCUGAGAGAAGACAUAGAGCUUUUUAAUACCCCAAAUACAUAAAACGAUACAAUUUAUCCAAGGGUUUACCUUGAUUAAGGUUAUGAUGAACUUGGACUAUAAAUGUAAUUAUUUAGCAUGUAAGAGUAAAGCUUUGUAAUUCCUGGUUUAAAAUACUUAUUUCAGAAGUUUUCAGUCUUUAAAGAUACAAAUUUAGGUUUAAAAUUUAUUUACCUUUUUACAGAAAAAAUGGAUGAGAACUUAAAUUUCCAUUUUUCUUGUUUAAAUACUUUCUGAAGGACAGAAAGAGUUUAAAUUUGGGAAAAUAAAUUUUCAAUUAAUCAUUUAGAUGUUUUUAUGUAUAGACUUAUGAGUAUUUUUCUUUUUUCUUGCCAAAAAUGUGACAUCUAUUUUUAACUCAAUAUCAUUAACUAAAGGGCUUAAAACUCAAUUGAAUAAUGUCCUUUUAAAAUGAAUUUGGCAGGAGCUGUUUCCAAGGAGAAAAGACUUUUGAGAUACAGUUCUCUAAUAAAUUAGUCUAUUUUAUUUAUAAAAACUACAUUGACCUGGUGACUGUAGAGCCUUUACUUUUUCCCCAGCAGGUGUGUUUUCUUAUACCAUGACCAAAUAUGAAGAAUUAGAAAGUUUUGCUUUGUUUCUUAAUUUUUUGCAAAUUUUUAGAGUCAUUCUAUAUUUAGACAACUAUUAAGUGAUUUUUAAUGCCAAUUAAAGCAGGGAUUCCAUUAUUUAAGGGACUUAUCAGAAUUAUCUAAAAACACACAAACUAGUCUAGAUUUUAAAAAUCCUCCAACCAUAACCUGUACCUACCCUGGAAUUAUUUCAUUUCUGAAGAAGUCUGCAGUAAUAGGUGCCUCAUCAUCAAAUGCGAAAUCUCUUUUUGGAGUUCUGGGAAUUCCCCAUUCCUCAGGGAAGAUUCCAAUUUUGUUGGAACUAAAAAUUAUACAAAUGUUGAGGGGAGGGAUAAUAAUUUUUAAGAAAAAAAUACAAAACCAUGAAUUAAAAUUUAGUUUCUACUGCCUUGGAAGGAACCAUACAAGGAAAGCCCCCUGAAGCAUUAACAUCAAGGGUAAACCUUCCUCUGGCCACAUCCCACCUCUCAAUUCAGGUUGGCAUUCAUAAAGGGGAGGAGGUAAUUACCCUUAAUCAAUGUCUACAAUACUUUUCUUCCACGGAAAAUAAAGAACUGUACAUAUUCUGAACAAGUUUAGGUAAGCUGAUAGAAGGUUGUCUUUCUGAUUGCCUGCUUGGCACAAGGUUCAAGAGGGAAGCACAUACUCGGAAAAAAAAAAAAAAAAUCCUUCCAUUCAGCUACCCUGAGCUUCCACUUCUGCUCAACCAGACCUUCGUCUGCCCUAUUCUCCAGAUGGUGGCAGUUCCUUGCAAUGAGGAACGCCAUCGAUCUACUAAGGAGAGGGCUCUGCUUUUUACUGAAAUGUCAUAUUGAGGCAGGAGAAUAGAGUCUGGAGACAGGGAGCCUAAGGCCAACCCACUGCUGACUUCUUGGAAUUGGACCAAAAGGAAAACCCCACCUCUUCAUGCCCAAGUGAUAAGGGGCCAGAGGCCCCCUUCUUCUACAAAACCCCCUUUCUCCUUUGUCACAAACAACAAAUGCCUCUAAUUAGUCCCAGGCCGAACCUUCACUUCAGCCUCUGAUUAGUCGGGGAUCAAUCCUUCAUUUGCAUAGGGUGUAACCAAUUGGAGACCUCUAAAGUGUACCUAGUGGUGUUACCAAAUUCUUUUAGCUUAAUAAAAACCCUAAAGAACAUUGCAAUUGGGGCUCUUGAGCUGCUUGUUUGAGCCUUCUCCCGCUCUGUGAAGUGUACUUUCUUUUCAAUAAAUCUGUGCUUUCGCUGAUUCCUUCUUUUAUUGCUUUGGUUGUGGGUUUUAAUUAUUUGUUCAGCCAGCCAAGAACCCAACUUGCAGUCAAGGCUUUCCAUCCAGUAACAAUAUUUUGUUAGCUGGCUUACUUAUGUUAAGUGUUGCUCACUUUCAAUCCAUGAAUUUUAUUUUACGACAUUUUAAGAUUCACCAAUUUGGCAAAUUUUUAAAGUUAUUUCCAUUUUUAAUUUUUGUUAACAAAUGUAUUUUCACAAAAUUCAUCUGAUGUUUUUCUCUUAAAAUUAAUUCUGUUCUAGAGUAUAUCACAUGUAUUUCUGUCAAUAGCUUUUACUUCUCAUAAUUUUGUUUUAUAUGUGCAUUUUUAUUGAAUUAAUCUUUCAUUUUGAUAACUAUGUACUUAAUAAUAAAGGACUUUUGGACAUUG